UCGGAAUCUUCUGCUGCUCCCUGCUGGCUUCCACUAUUGCAGCAAGUCCAUGCUGCUCUAACCCAUGUCAGAACCGGGGGGUAUGCAUGACUGUUGGCUUUGACCACUAUGAGUGUGAUUGCACAAGGACAGGAUACUAUGGAGAAAACUGUACCACACCUGAAUUUUCAACGUGGCUGAGAGUUACCUUAAAGCCUUCACCCAAUACUGUGCACUACAUCUUAACUCACUUUAAAGGCGUUUGGAAUAUAAUCAAUAACAUCUCCUUUCUACGAGAUGCAAUCAUGCGUUAUGUGUUAACAUCACGCUCUCAUCUGAUCGACAGUCCUCCUACAUACAACAGCCAUUAUGCCUACAAAAACUGGGAAGCAUAUUCCAAUGUUUCAUACUACACUCGAGCACUGCCACCAGUGGAAGAAGAUUGCCCAACCCCAAUGGGUGUGAAAGGAAAGAAAGAACUGCCAAGUGUCAAACAGGUUGUAGAAAAAUUGUUAGUUAGAAGAAAGUUCAUUCCUGACCCACAAGGAACUAAUGUGAUGUUUGCAUUCUUUGCCCAACACUUUACACACCAAUUCUUUAAGACUGAUGUCAAAAGAGGAGCUGCCUUCACUAAAGCACUUGGGCAUGGGUUGAUUUUAAACCACGUCUAUGGGGAAUCUUUGGACAGACAGCACAAAUUACGUCUAAAAAAGAAUGGAAAAUUAAAAUUCCAGAUUAUUGAUGGCGAGAUGUACCCUCCAACAAUGAAUGACACAGAAGUUGAAAUGCUUUACCCUCCACAUGUGCCAGAACAUCUUCGUUUUGCAGUUGGACAGGAGGUUUUUGGCCUUGUACCAGGGUUGAUGAUGUAUGCUACCAUAUGGCUAAGGGAACACAACAGAGUCUGUGAUAUACUGAUGCAGGAGCACCCUGAGUGGGAUGAUGAACGUAUAUAUCAAACUGCAAAACUUAUUUUGAUUGGUGAAACCAUCAAAAUUGUCAUUGAAGAUUAUGUGCAGCACCUGAGUGGUUAUCAUUUUAAACUUAAAUUUGACCCAGAGUUGUUGUUCAACCAGAGAUUCCAGUACCAGAAUCGAAUUGCUGCUGAGUUCAACACACUUUAUCAUUGGCACCCUCUUUUGCCAGAUGCUUUCCAGAUAAAUGGCCAAGAGUACAGCUAUCAACAGUUCCUGUAUAACAAUAGUGUGAUGUUGGAACAUGGAAUAUCCCACAUGGUUGAAUCAUUUACCAAACAACAGGCAGGAAGGGUGGCUGGAGGCAGAAACUUCCCUGCAGCAAUUUCCAGAGUAGCCAUGGCUUCCAUACAGCAAAGCCGAGAGAUGAAAUACCAGUCACUCAAUGAAUACAGAAAGCGGUUUACUCUAAAGCCUUUUAAAUCGUUUGAAGAGCUGACAGGAGAAAAAGAACUGGCUGCAGAACUUGAAGAACUCUAUGGAGACGUUGAUGCUGUAGAAUUCUACACUGGUCUUUUGGUGGAACAACCCCGUCCUGGGGCCAUUUUUGGAGAGACCAUGGUUGAAAUUGGUGCUCCAUUUUCAUUGAAAGGCCUUAUGGGUAACCCAAUUUGCGCUCCUGAAUACUGGAAACCAAGUACAUUUGGUGGAAGAGUGGGCUUUGAUAUUGUAAAUAGUGCCUCUUUACAAAAACUCAUCUGCAACAAUGUUAAAGAAUGUCCCUUUACUGCGUUUAAUAUAUUUAAAAGCAAGACUGCUGAAACAAGAAUGAACACAAGUUCUAACUCUGCACUGGAUGAUGUUAACCCAACUUUACUACUGAAAGAACACUCCUCAGAGCUGUAA